AUGAAUGUAUGGUUUGUUACAAAUGAUGAUCUAGUCUAUACAUUUGGUAAUAAUACUUACGGUAAACUUGGUUUGGGUCACAAUCUGAUUGUCAAUAAACCUGAAAUUAUACCUGAAUUAUGUGCGAAAAAUGUCCAAAAAUUUAUUAAUGGCGAUCGGUUUGCAUUGUGUAUAACAUUUGACCAACAAAUCUAUAGUUUUGGUUCAAAUGAAUGCAAACAAUUGGGUAGACAUACCAUCAGUAAUGAUAAUAAUAAACCGGCUAUUAUUACAUACCUAAGCGAUAAAUGUAUUAUUGAUAUCAAAUGUGGUUCAUAUCAUUCACUGGCACUGAGCAGUGCGGGCACUGUCUACGGCUGGGGUCAUAACAAUAGAGGACAGUCGGGUUGCGGACAACAACAACAACAACAACAAACUUUGGAUUGUAUUGAUAGUCCCACACAUGAAAGUCAAAAAAUACAUAUUCUAGAAGAAGUCAAACAAUUACAGAAACUUCAGUCAAAAUUUGUGGUUAAAUUUUAUGAUACAUGGAUUGAAUCGAAAAUACUUUACAUUCAAAUGGAGUUAUUAUCAAAUAGUCUGAAAGAUUUGAUUGAAUUGAAAGCAAAAACAUUUCAACGAAAAACCAGUGAACCAAUGGAUUGUAUCGAGUAUUACAUAACGAGUCAUAUAAUGCUAGAGAUGUGUGAAUGCGUUGAAUAUCUGCAUACAAGACAACCACCGGUUAUUCAUCGCGAUCUCAAACCGGCAAAUAUACUCAUCAAUGAUAAGCCAUUAGAUAAUCGUUUCCUUAAACUGUGUGACUUUGGUUUGGCCACUGAUCACAACCGUAUGGGCUCUGAAUCAGAACUUCACACCAAAAAUGUCGGAACAGAUAAAUAUAUGGCACAAGAAGUUAGAGAAUAUAAUGGUAUCGAUAGAGUGGCGUAUAAUGAGAAAAGUGAUGUCUAUAGUUUGGGUUGUAUACUAUUGGACUUAUUUGAUGUCAACAGUAAUAAUGAUAUGCAGUAA